UAAGAGAUGGAUUUCAUUACCUUACUCCUUUUGGCUGAGGAUGAAUAUGCCUUGAGCUUUAGUAAUCGACUCUGGGAUGUCUGAAGCAGCCUUUGGAUUCCAACCACCACAUAUUAAAACGUCACAAAUAUCCCCUGAACCUUUACGGGAAACAAAAGGAAUAUGAAUUUCACUGCUGGCUUGCUGAAAAAAGAGCUUCUGCUCUCAAACGCCUUGCAGUCCUUGAACGCCUCUUUCCACGGUGCCGAGGACUUUGCGAAUGAUGUUUUCCUCCACCAGAGUGGAGAGCUGGAGAGACUGCUGCUGCUGACAAUCAAGGAGCCCACCACUAUCGCUCUCACCAUCAUGUAUUCAUUAUCAUUUGUGGUGGGUUUCAUUGGAAAUCUCAUGGCCAUUCGAAUGCUUACCUGCCAGAAGACUAAGAGGAUGCAGAUCAUCAGUGCCACCCGGAGUUUACUCAUCAACUUGGCGGUGUGUGAUCUGAUGGUGGUUUGCAUUUGCAUGCCCAUCACGCUCGGCCACACCAUUUACACCGCAUGGGUGUACGGAGACCUCCUGUGCCGGGCUGUUCCCUUCAUCCAGGCCGUGUCUGUCUCUGCAAGUGUCCUCAGCCUGACCGUCAUUAGCAUCAACAGAUACUACAGCGUUCACAGCCCACUCAAUUCCCUCUCGUACUUCACCCAGAAGAAGAUCUAUAUCACCAUUGUGUGCGUCUGGAUCCUCUCCUCGGCCAUUUGUGCACCUUUGCUCUUUAUGAUCAAGCUGGACGAGAUCCACUUAAUCGACAUCGCCGUGCCGAUCUGCAGAGAGCUCUGGCCACAAGCGAGACUUAAGCAGGUCUACAACGUGCUCCUUUUUGUUGCUCUCUACUGCAUCCCUGUAACCUUCAACCUAAUCAUCAGCUUUCUGACAGGCAGGAAGCUCUGGAGGGCUUCUCAACAAUUCGCAGACUUCGAUCCACACAGCCAGGUCGUGCACGCCUCACAUCUGAAGAUGCGCAAGAAGAUCGUCAAAGUGGUGGUCACCCUGGUUCUCUUAUUCGCCAUCUCCUGGCUUCCGCUUUACGUUGCAGACAUCCUGAUUGACCACGAGGUUCAUCCACCUCACUGGGUUCUGCAGACUCGGCCUUUCACGCAGUGGCUGGGCCUGACUAACUCCAGCCUCAAUCCCAUCUGCUAUUGUUUCUUAGGUGAUUUGUACCGCUCUGCCAGAGCAGUCAGGUCCAGGUAUCAUCAGAGAAUGCUUUCCGUCCUUCGAUCCUCCAGCUCUUUUAAACUGUCCAGUUUGCUUUCUCUUAAAAAGCAGAAAUCUGGCCGGCGGCAAGGUGCCGUGAGCCAGGCGUCAGUGGAGACUCUUUCUGACUGGUGUUCCAACAACAGCCAAAUGGUGUCACUCCAAAGCCUCUCAGAGAAGAUAGUGUCUUCAAGCAAUCCUGAGUUAUCCACCUUGUAGUCAGGGUGAAUAUAACCGAAAAGUAUGCAAGGCACUUAUAGGGAUAGUUCACCCAAAAACAGAUUUUGUGUUCCAUAGAAGAAAAGAAAUGAUAUGAGAUUUGAAAUAGUUUCGAACAUUUGCCUUAUGAGUCAAAAAGCAUGUGAUUCUGAUGUUUUGAUGCAAUAUAAGCAUUAUUUGUAUGCAUAACUAACUGUACACAGGUACAAUGCAUCAUCACUUAUAGUUUAUAAGAUUAGAAGUUGCUUGAUGUAAAGUGGGACUUCCUGUAAAUAAAGGACAGUUAGUUUUGUAUAUGCAUCCCUGACACAGAUUGUACAUAAAUGCCCAGUUAAGGCCUGUUCACACCAAGACAAAUGUUUGGAUGCGGAAAUUCAGUGCUAUAAAUAUUUUAAUUUGAAUUAACAGCUGUUCAGACCAAUGCGGAUAUUUGCAUGCCACUGAUGCAAUGGGGUUUUUUUUAUAGGGAGAUGUUCUAAUCUAUUUUCUGUUAAACAGCGAAAAAAACAAGCCGACCAAUGAGAUUCACACAUUUGUUCACAUACCCAGAGCCAUUGCUGUUAUAUGAAACUACUAGUCUCAUCUCUGUACUCUUGUAUUUGGUGUUGUUUGAUAAACACUAUAGAGAAUACAUGUCGUGUCGGAAAUGGAAAGUUAUUCAGCACUACUUAGAAACGAAGGUAUUUGCAUUUUUUCUAUAAGAACCAUCUACAGUUAGUGAAUUUGCCUGUCUGCUGUUUUUUAUAUUUAUUGGUCUGAACAGACAAAUCACAUUCGAAAAUAGGACAAAAUUGUCUUAUACAACAUUUGUGUUAGUAUGGACUGACCUUUACUUGCCACCAAAAAGCAGGAGAGUUGUAUUUUAAAUUGGGGGUUUUCAAACUAGGGGACCCAAAAAGACUCCACAAUUUUUUUUUUUUUUUUUUUUUUUUUUUUUACAAAAUAUAGAAUUUCAACGUUAUAUAAAGCAUACUUAUUAAACAUGUUUAACACAAUAAUCUUAAACACAUUUACUUAGUUGUAUAUUCUAAGUUUCAUUCUGCUUUCUAUUUUUUUUCUAUUGAUGGCUUAAUUAAAAACAAAUUUUCAUCAAUUAAAAUAAUUCAAAUAAAAAGUUAUGCAUCUAACUGUAGAAAAUACUGGUAGAAAAUACUGGUUAGAAAAGAAAAGUGAAGUGAAUAUCUUCUAGAUAUUUAAUCAUUUGCUUUGGCUUAAGUGCAAUGACAGUAUAAAAGUCAGUUAUUUAAUAUUUUAUAAAUUAUUCACUUAUCUGUUAUUUCACACAUUUAAUAUUUUUCUCAUUUAGUGUAAAUAUGUCAAAUUAUGAAUACAUGCCAUUAUGUUUUAGGAAGGGGGUCCUUCAAAAUCGUCAUUUUGGGGUCCUUGACUUAAAAGGUUUGAAACCCCGUUUGAAAUUAAAUUAUGUGUUUUAAAUCGAUAUUGUGUACUAUAUAAACAUAUACAUUUGCAUUCAUAAAAAUAUCAUAUUUGUUCAAGAUUUUCAAGAGUGCAUGAAUGAAAUGAAAUUCAGACAGAAUGUAUAGGUUCUAAAUGCCUUGUGAAGA